AUGUUACACCAAGCAUCGUCGAAUAGAGCUGCAUCUUCAGCUUUGCCGAAUCCAAAACAACAAGUCUCAUCGCUGAAUGCUAUCAACAGUGGCGUCGAAAUUACGGCUGUUCUAUUGGCUACAGCAAGGAUUCGAGUAAAGGACAGCCAAGGAACGUUCAUUCUUUUGCGUGCAUUGGUCGAUCAAAGGUCCCAGCGUUCGUUUAUCAGUGAAGCUGCGGCGCAACUCUUACGGCUACCACGUCGAGCGACAAAUCUGACAAUCAGCGGCAUCGGGAGUCAUUCAACGAGCAGCAAGGGAGCGAUAUCUGCUCAAUGUAAAGAGAAAUGGUCGACAGGGUGUUUCAACUUAUCUCUUGUAGUAGUAAACCAUAUAACGGACAAGAUUCCCCAGUCCAAGACACCAUGUAAGAUAGCUGAAUUGAGACUGGAGGACUUAGCUGAUUCAUCGUAUCACAUUCCGGGGAAGAUCGACGUCCUCCUGGGUGCUGACUUUUAUGGCGAUCUAUUGGAAAAGGGCGUAAUCCGGAUAAAGAAUACCAAAGUUUUGGCUCAAAAAACCAAAAUCGGUUGGAUCCUGUCCGGGCCUGUUAACCAAGUAACACGAGCAGUAGAACCUUCCAUCAGUAUGGUUAGCAUCGAACAGCUAGAUGCUGACAUACGAAAUUUAUGGGAACAGGAAGAGUUGCCACAAGAGCGAAUCCUCACCCAAGAGGAAACAGACUGCGAGAGGCAGUUCAUCCGAACUACUAAGAGGGAUCCAACAUCUGGCCGAUACAUAGUCAGGCUGCCGAUUAAGCCUGACAUGAACCCCUCGAUCCUGCCGCAUCCGUCAUUAAAAGACGCUGUCAUUCGCCUCCGCCAGACAGAGACAAAACUCGAACGGAAUCCAGAGCUCAAAGCGCAGUGCAAUGCAUUCCUAAAGGAAAAUCUGGAAUUGGGACAUAUGAGCGAGGUCCCGUCCGCGGAAAUUUUUUGCAAACACUCAUCCUACUUGCCACAUCAUGCUGUAAUUAAAGAGGACAGCACAACUACGAAAGUUCGCGUCGUAUUCAAUGCGUCCCAUAAAACGUCCUCCGGCACCUCGUUGAACGAUAUCCUAAUGGUGGGACCAAAUACGCAAUACACCAUCUUUAAAAUAUUGCUGCGAUGGAGGAGGCAUAAAUACACAUUGGCUGCUGACAUUGAGAAGAUGUACCGACAGAUACUCGUGGACAGUCGAGACUGCGACUUACUGCGAAUUGUUUGGAGACCAGAACCCCAGAACCCCCCCCGGCUAAACACAGUAACUUAUGGCACCGCCAGUGCUCCCUUCCAAGCAACACGUACACUACAACAGGUCGCUGAAGACGAGCAAUUCACGUCACCAUCAGCAAGUGAAAGCAUCAAAAAGGACUUCUAUGUAGAUGACUUGCUGACCGGAUCCUCGACCAUAGAAGGUGCAACGAAAUUGCAAAACGAUAUCGUGACCGUUCUCAAAAAAGCUGGAUUUAAUAUUCGCAAAUGGUCCACGAAUUAUGAUGAGGUUCUGAAACAUGUAAGCACCGCUGACUGGGAAACGUCUGACAUAGUCAAUAUCAAUCUAGAGAAUACCGUCAAGACAUUGGGUUUGCAAUGGAUUCCUAGAGACGACAUAUUCACCUUUAAAGUGAAACAGCCUUACAUCUCAGCGAACGAGCCAGUUACGAAACGAAUAAUUACAUCCAAUGCUGCAAGAUUAUUCGAUCCGCUUGGUUGGAUCCAGCCCAUCAUAAUAGUUAGCAAGAUAUUUAUCCAAAAGUUGUGGCUACAGAAACUGGAUUGGGAUAAGCCCGUACCUGACCAGUUGAAAAUCGAGUGGCUGACCUACAUGAAGGAGUGGCCAGCGUUAUCACAACUUAAAAUACCACGAUACAUACAGACGUCUGAUCGCUGCAAGGUAGAACUCCAUGGUUUCUGCGACGCGUCAAUGGCAGCUUUUGCAGCAGUGAUUUACGUUCGAGUAAUACAUCCGGAUGGCACGGUAUCUGCAAACAUAUUAACAUCGAAAUCGAAAGUGGCACCUUUAAAGGUACAGUCAGUACCCCGGCUAGAAUUGAACGGUGCCGUCCUACUAUGCAGAUUGAUGAAACACGUGAAGCAAGCCAGCGAAUUCCCUGCCGACACAGCUGAAUUUUACUGGACGGAUUCGACCAUUGUCCUCGCUUGGUUGAGUGAUCACCCAGCCAGGUGGAAAACGUUCGUAGCAAAUAGGGUGAGCGAAAUCCAGGCUACGAGCAACUCUAGUCAAUGGAGACACAUCGAUACAGAGUGGAAGCCGGCGGACAUAGCGUGA